ACACAACAACAAGCUUCUCAGACGGUGCCUGAUGUAUCUGUGUGGGGAAGGUGAGGGGCCAACUAGUUUCGACUGGAGGUCCCAACACCGCCCGGUGCCUCUGCGCGCUCUGCUGACGCAACCACGUCGAUGUGGCUCAAUGCGAUGGCGGACCUCAAUGUCCCCAGACCUGCCCAGGGAGGGACGCAGCAAAGUCACUGAGCCACUCUCACCGGCUUCGUUGAACUGACCACCUGUUAAAGAGAGGCCGCUGGAAUUGCCGUCCCUCCCGUGAAAUAGCAUGUGGGACGGGAUCUGCUCGGAGUGCACUGACCCGGACGAGACAGAAGUGGAGUGAGGAGUAGCGGAGUGCGCCGGGCUGACGCAGCGCACGUUGAGCCAGCAAGUUGACUGAAAGCACCAAAAGUCGCGUCGACGGGGAAGGGGACAGCCGCUCUUGGAUUUAACGGAGGUUUGAGGGGACAGUUGUUCCGGCAAAAUGAAAUUCGCGGAGCAUCUCUCGUCCCACAUCACUCCAGAGUGGAGGAAACAGUAUCUCCAGUAUGAGGCUUUCAAGGACAUGCUGUAUGCUUCCCAGGACCAAGCCCCAUCCAUAGAAGUCACAGAUGAAGACGCAGUGAAGAGAUACUACGCCAAGUUUGAGGAGAGGUUUUUCCAGACCUGCGAGAAGGAGCUCCUGAAAAUCAACACAUUCUAUUCAGAAAAGCUUGCUGAAGCACAGAGGCGCUCUGCCACUCUGCAGAAUGAGCUGCAGUCUUCACUGGACGCUCAGCGCGAGAGCAACGCCCCGCCCGGCCUGCGGAGACGCAAGACAAUGUUCCACCUGUCGCAGGAGGAACGCUGCAAACACCACAACAUCAAGGACCUGAAGCUAGCCUUCAGCGAGUUCUACCUCAGCCUCAUCCUGCUCCAGAACUACCAGAACCUGAACUUCACUGGUUUCCGUAAAAUCCUGAAGAAACAUGACAAGAUCCUGGAUACUCCUCGCGGGGCCGACUGGCGUGUUGCUCAAGUGGAGGUGGCACCAUUCUACACCUGCAAGAAGAUCACACAGCUUAUCUCCGAGACAGAGACCAUCGUCACCACAGAGCUGGAGGGAGGAGAUCGUCAGAAGGCCAUGAAGAGGUUGAGAGUUCCUCCACUGGGGGCAGCUCAGCCUGCUUUGGCUUGGACUACCUUCCGUGUGGGACUCUACUGCGGCUUCUUUAUCAUUCUCGCCAUCGCCUUCGUUCUCACCGGUGCUGUGUUUAUCCGCUUGGAGAAUGUGUGGCCACUGGUGCGGAUCUAUCGAGGCGGUUUCCUGUUGAUCCAGUUCCUUUUCCUGUUGGGCAUCAACACUUACGGAUGGAGGCAGGCCGGAGUCAACCAUGUGCUCAUCUUCGAGAUCAACCCCCGAAACAACCUCUCACACCAACACCUGUUUGAGAUUGCUGGUUUCCUGGGUGUGUUGUGGUGUCUCAGCAUCCUCUCCUGCCUCUACUCAGAGUACACCUACAUCCCCAUGCAGAUCAACCCGCUUAUCCUUUAUGGCUUCAUGGUGCUCUUCCUCCUCAACCCCUUUAAGACCUGCUACUACAAAUCACGAUUCUGGCUCCUCAAGCUGCUGUUUCGCGUGGUCACAGCACCGUUUCACCGGGUGGAGUUCGCAGACUUCUGGCUGGCUGAUCAACUCAACUCUCUGGUGAUUGUUCUGAUGGACCUGGAGUAUCUCAUCUGCUACUACAUCUUUGAGCUGCAGUGGAGCAACAGCAAGGGCCUGCUGCCCAAGUUUAAAGACCCUGACGACCACAUAUGCCACAGCUACUCCUACGGUCUGCGUGCCAUCAUCCAGUGUUUGCCCGCCUGGUUCCGCUUCGUUCAAUGUCUGAGGCGAUACCGUGACACCAAGAGGGCCUUCCCUCACCUGGUGAAUGCUGGGAAAUAUUCGACCACCUUCUUUGUCGUCACCUUUGCCGCGCUCUAUGCCACACACAGAGAGCAAGGACACACGGACGCCGACAUGUUCUUCUACCUGCUGAUCGUGUUCUCCACUAUCAGCUCCUUGUACACUCUGAUCUGGGAUCUGCACAUGGACUGGGGUCUCUUUGACCGCGGAGCCGGAGAAAACACCUUCCUCAGAGAAGAAAUAGUUUACCCACACAAGGCCUACUACUACUGUGCCAUCAUAGAAGACGUGAUCCUGCGUUUUGCCUGGACGAUCCAGAUCUCUCUGUCCACAACGACCAAGAUCCACUCUGUGGGCGACAUCGUUGCCACCGUGCUGGCUCCCCUCGAGGUCUUCAGGCGUUUUGUGUGGAACUUCUUCCGUCUGGAGAACGAGCACCUGAACAACUGUGGUGAGUUUCGUGCUGUGAGGGAUAUCUCCGUGGCGCCACUCAACGCUGAUGACCAGACGCUGCUUGAGCAGAUGAUGGACCAGGACGAAGGCGUCCGGAACCGUUCAGGCAAGAAGCCCUGGAAGAGGUCCUACAGCCUGUCUCUCCGGCGCCCCCUGCUGUCCUCCUCACAAUCGAAAAAAGACACCAAGGUGCUGAUUGAAGACACGGAUGAUGAGGCCUUCAGCUGAGUUCACAGCGUCACACACACACACACACACACACACACACACACACACACACAAACAUACUAUACUUAUAAGGACCUCAUUCACUAACACCCAACCCUUCUCCCUUAUAGUGAAAACAGAGUAGUGACCCUCAGUCUAAACCUUUAAAGCGGUGAGGACCUCACUUUGGACAAUUUACCUCAUAUUUACAUCCCUGUGAUUAUAUUUGGUCUUUAUAAGUAUAGACAACACACUCAAUACACACGUUAAUGCAGAAACACACAAGAUAAACCUGCUGAUGAAGCACAAACAUAGUUUAAUAGCUAUAGUUGAGGAGAGAGCUUAUGACAGUCAGACAGACAGACAGACAGACAGACAGACAGACAGACGUCAAGGGAACUCUUCUGCACAUAAGUGGAAGCACAGACCACACUGCCCUGGGAUCAUCCUCCUCUUCUUUAAAAGAACUUUUACUUUGAGAUAUUUGUGUUAUCUUCAGAUUUUGUCUUUACUUGUUCUGGAUUUAUUUCAGAGAAGCUGCAUUGAUGACUGUUUACAAUCCUUUUUAACUACACUAGGGUCAACAGGGAGAAGACAAGCCAAUCAAAAGACUCAACACACAUCACAGCAUAUCAAAACAAUUCAACUGGUUUCAACUCGUUGAUUCUUUUUAUACUCCGCCUUUUUUUGGGUUGAGUUGUAAUACCUUUAGUAUAAAAUCCCAACCUGGAGUCAUUUGCAGGAAAAGUGCAUUUUACACACAAAACAAUGAAAAAAACUACUUUUACACCAAAAGGGAUGUUUUGAUUCAAACAUUUCUAGUUUGUGAAGUUGCUUUGUAAUAUAUUUAAUAUAUUUUGAUGUGCAUUAUUACUCUGUUGUAGUUGUUAAGUACUACUACAUGUGUUGUUUAUACUAGUGAGUCCAGCUGAGCAUCUACACUAUGAUUGUUUAUGUAUUUUAUACGGUUUGGAAUGUUUCUCUUGGUUAGACUUGUGCCAUGUUUUAAAUAAGCUCAUAUUUAGAUCUCAAUUUAUCCCCGCCCCAAAAUUUGAUGCAACACUGACUUGUGAAUCAUCGAGUCAUGUCAUCAUAAAGUGCCCUAUAGGAUACGA